AGGCAAAGCAAGUUGCACAGUUUUUUUUCGCCUUAGGUUGAGAGGUGUGCUGCAAAUCUUGCUUGGCUUUUGCCUUUUUAUAAGGUGAAGGCUUAGGUAAAGCAGCCAGUUAGUUUUCCCACUAGUCAGUCUUGGGCUUAUCCCUUCAUGCAAUAUCUUUUGCCAUCAGGAGCCUUUACUUUGUGAGUUGGUUUGUUUCUAUAGUCCAACUCGAACAUUUUUCAAACUAACUCGUCUAGCAGGACGCAUCUAACUCAAUAAUUUUUUUCGAGUGAGCCCUCUUUGUUUCAGUCGACUUUUGGAAAGCGUAUGCUGUUGUUAAUCUUUUUUUACAAGUAAGUUGAUGUAUGCCAAUGCCACCUAUAUCCAGUGUCAAGGGUAGAUACAGCAACAGCAGAUAUCACAUUCAUUGACCCCAAAAAAUGAGGGCGCGGCCUCAAGUUGGUGGUGAUGCUCGUGCCGAGCAGUCCAACCGGACUACAACGUGGAUGGAGCGGGAGGGAAAAGGCGAUACACUCGCUGACUUUGAAAACAAAGUUGGUUGAGAGGCACUCAUCAGAUUCACUGGCAGCCCCCUUUGACGUGUCGCCCUUUCGAACAAAUCGACUUUGUAACGCGGUACUUCGUCGGUGGGAGCACGAUGCUGCUUUCCUUCGUUUCGCAAGCAGCAGGAUAAGCGAAGAAGAUGAAGAAGCGAUCGAGCAGCAGGAGGAACGAGCCCCGAAAACGUGCCUUCGUGGACCAGGGCAAGAGUAAGCUUGCAGAGAGAACCUUUUCAGGCCGAGGCGGAAUGAAGAGCGACAUUGAUAAUGCGAUGAUAGAACAGGAAGCUGAAGCAGACGGACGCCCACGGAUAGCCAAAGCGGAGGGUGAGGCUGCGUUCGGAGCCGCGGCUUCUACAACUCACGCAUUAUUUUAAGGAUCCCUCUAAUAAAUCCAUCUCCAGACGCAUCUCUAAGCUGUUCCAUAAUGUUGGAAAACUAGAUUCGAGAUGGAUCUCAAGAUGGAUUGGGUGGGCAUUAAUUAUUGCACGAUCUGCAGCACCACACCGGUACGGGGGGCACGGAGGAUCGGGAGUCAAUGGGGCUGGCCGAUGAGCAAGACAACAGAAUGGCGGCUGCGGAAUGGGAGCCGGCGAACUAUGUUUAAGGAUAUUGCGCUUCAUCCAUCCCUAUUCCUACGGAUCUCUCAAGCGUUCGUAGGCAGAGCCGACGCUACAUAAAGAGACCGCUUAUUUACAGGGAUUGACCGGGGAGAAUUCUUCUAAUACAAAGGUGCGAAAAUAUCAGAGCAGACGAGCAACAAAAGAAUCCGGCUAAUACAGGGGGAGGGCCCGCCGCGCAAAAAAAAGCCGGGCAACAAGCAUGCCGCCAAGGUGCAUCACCACCGAAGCGUUUCUGUGUUGAAGCGUGUGAAGGAAACGAUUUUGAAGGAGCACAGUGUGAUCCGUCACGGAGAUGCUUUGUGGUUAGUGUGCAUCAUUCUGAAUUGUUGCGUCGAUAACUGUCUCCUGAUCGCCCACGCGUUUGAGCUGCAGCUCGCCACCACGGCGAGCCGCCUGCACGAUUUCUAG